ACUCUCCCUUCAAUCACCUACCGCAAUGGCCGACUUCCGCCCCAUCAUGUCUCUCCCAGGCGGUGACGACAACGGUGGUCCUGACUUCUCCCACCUCGGUUCUAGGACGGACAGAAGGCCUUACGGGUACACGGUCUGGCUCGUUCCCGAAGGAGCCGACGAAGUCGAGAGCGUCCAGAAGGACAUUGGUGCCAAGACGUUCCAGGUCUACUCGGCAGCUCUGGACAGGCUCCCUGGCUCGGUGCCGGACAACAGGCGAUACACCAAGCCGGCAGAGCAGCCGCAAGUUGGUGUGCUCAUCCUUCCCGCGUCGGGGUGUGGCAGCUCGUCCCCCGAGGGCGUCAAGCGCAUGACCCAGGGCGUCGUGGACGCGUACAAGGGCGGCUACAUCCGCGUGGCUUUUGAGCCGACGAACAAUGUCAGCGACGACGGUGGCUCGGUGCACGCUCAGAUAGACGAGAAGAAGAGCGACUACGCCCAGCUCGACGAGCUGCGCACCGCGCUCAAGAAGCGUCUCUGGGGCCCGGCAGACGCCCACACGUCCGUCCCGACCCCGUAUGUCCCCCUCCUCGAGGUCAGUCUGGUCGAGAGCUACCCCUCGCUCGGAGGCGACAUCAAAGACAGGGGCCUCGUUGCCGUCCGCGAGCAGGCCAACCAGACGGCUAGCGCUUUCAACGGCGUCCUCUCCGCCCUCACACUCACCAAGGUGCUUGUCCUCGGCGCUGGUGAGGUUCCAAUCGCUCCCAAGAGUUAG